AUGACCCAGCGGCGUUAUCGCAUUUUCUUUGACUACUACGAAGGCGGCGAUCUUUGGCAUGCUUUAGAGAAGCACUGCAACAGAUUGAAUAAGAUAGUUUAUGCUUACCAAGGUGACCAGCCAUGGCUUGACACCGAAUGGGACGAGGAGUUUCGUUGCUACCGUAACUCGGAAGGGGAGUCCGGAGAAGCAGGAUUGUUGGAGAAGAUACCCGAAAGCCUUAUCUGGAGAAUCGCUAGCUCGCUCGUUCAAACGUGUCAGAUCCUGCAUUUCGGCCAGGUCAGUAUUGGAGGUGUGCAGAACACCACACCUGAGUGGAAACCGAUCAAACACUGCGAUAUAAGACUCGACAACAUCUUCAUCAAGCCAGCGGCUCAGGAGAACGAGAAUGAGGAACACCAGUUUGUAGUUGAUGACGCAGCAGAAAGCGGUGGGGUAGUACCCCUAGACGGAAAGACAGAUGUAUGGCAGAUCGGUGCAGUACUUUACUCACUACUCAGCAAUGGUUUGUACCCCCCUCUCGGCCAAGGGCCAUGUCGCUUUGUCGAGAAGUUUGACGCAGCUGUACCUUUCGCCGGCGAACAUGGCGACCUGAGAACCUACACCGACCCAGAGGAUGACCCAUGGAAUGACAUGGAUUUCUUUCCUACUUUCAAACGUUACAGCGAGAAUCUGAAGCUAUUGGCGUUGGCGUGUCUGACAUGGCAAUCGAGUGAACGGCCGACGUUAUUGGAGAUGAGGAAUAGGAUCGAUGAUUUCCUUACGACGCACCCGGAUGUUGCGAAUGAUCGGAAUAUGGAGUCGCUAGAGGUCGUUCGAGAUUUGGAAUUCGCGAUUGGGCAACCUAUGAAUUAG